GGGGGGGGAGUGAACACUGGUAUUAGAAGGGACUCUUAGAGUCCCAGAAUUGUGAUGAGGAAUUCCAGUCUACCUAACACUUCUUCAUCCUCUUCCGUAGGAGGCUCGACGGGGAAAACAGCAGAUCUGAGAUGUCUGGUCCUUAGUGGACACCUCGUUCUGAUCUUGGCACCCCCUUUAGGCGCUUCGUCCCACCUCUUGGGUGCAGAAGGGCAAGCAGGGGCAGACUCUAUGAGUCAUGUUCCAGGCCUGGAGUCGUGGAGGGAAGCGCCGCCUCUCCUUGGGCCCCUUCUCUCCCCCUUUUCUGGGGCUUGCCAGAUGCUGCGCUACAGGCACCGGUUCCCCAUCACCAGUUCCGUUGGGUAAGGGGUCCCAAGGAAGAUGCAGCCCCGACAGGGAGAUGAAGGGGGAGAGAGGUUUAGGGGAUCCCAGUCUGGAAAGGCUCCUGGGUGGAGGCAGUCGUGGUGUGGGGUAAGGAGUCUGGCCCGCGAGCUAGAGCCCGGGCAGCGCGCGGAAGGAGAGAGGGGGGUGGCGAGGCCGCGACUGGGGCGGCUGCAAGCCCCGGAGCGGCGGGGUGCGGGGCAGGGGGCGGCCCUUCUCCAGGAAUUUCCGGGGAUCGUGUUACAGCGUUCGCGGAGUGGGAACGGAGUGGGACGGCAGGCCUCGCUCGCCCCGGGUCCAGGGCCCUCGCCCCCUCCUCUCCCCGUUGGCGGGCGUCGGCAGCGCCGCCCCUGCGCGCACUGACCCGGUGUGGCGGGGCGGCCCCGAGCCCCCAGGCCGCUCUGUUAUGGUAGGGCCAUCCCAGCCCCGAGUUGUCGUCGGGUCUUCGCGGCCCCGCGUUAUCGUAGGGGCUGUCAGACCCCGUGUCAUUGUAGGGUCCACGAGGGCCCGGGCUCCCCGGGACGCGACUCCCCGCCCACAGCUAGCGGCAGGGGGGUCUUCCCGCCCCCGAGUGGUCUUCGGAACGCCCCGGGCUCGCGUAAUUGUAGGCUCUCCCAGACCCGGGGUGAUCGUCUCGUCCCCUUGGCCCGCGGUGGUCGUAGCGUCUCCGAGGCCGAGGGCUCCUGCAGGCUCCCCGUGGCCCCGGGUGAUUGUCGGUACCCCGCGGCCGCGGGUGAUCGUCGGGUCCCCACGGGCCCGGGCCGCCGGGGCGGAUCAGGCCUCCGCACCUUCCCGGGGAGCCCCCCAAGGCCGCAGACAAGAUGAACAUCCUGGCGCCCGUGCGGAGGGACCGCGUCCUGGCGGAGCUGCCCCAGUGCCUGAGGAAGGAGGCCGCUUUGCACGUGCGCAAAGACUUCCACCCCCGCGUCACUUGCGCCUGCCAGGAGCACCGGACAGGCACCGUGGGAUUUAAGAUAUCCAAGGUCAUCGUUGUGGGAGACCUGUCCGUGGGGAAGACCUGUCUCAUUAAUAGGUUCUGCAAAGACACCUUUGACAAAAAUUACAAGGCCACCAUCGGGGUGGAUUUUGAGAUGGAGCGAUUUGAAGUGUUGGGUGUCCCCUUCAGUCUCCAACUUUGGGACACUGCUGGGCAGGAGAGGUUCAAAUGCAUCGCUUCCACUUACUACCGGGGAGCCCAAGCCAUCAUCAUCGUCUUCAAUCUGAAUGACGUGGCAUCCCUGGAGCAUACAAGCAGUGGCUCGCUGACGCACUCAAGGAGAAUGACCCUUCCAACGUGCUCCUGUUCCUUGUGGGUUCCAAGAAAGACCUGAGUACUCCUGCUCAGUAUUCCCUAAUGGAGAAGGAUGCCCUCAAGGUGGCCCAAGAGAUGAAGGCUGAGUAUUGGGCAGUGUCCUCCCUCACUGGUGAGAAUGUCCGGGAAUUCUUCUUCCGUGUGGCAGCAUUGACCUUUGAGGCCAAUGUCCUUGCUGAGCUGGAGAAAUCAGGGGCUCGGCGCAUUGGGGAUGUUGUCCGCAUCAACAGUGAUGACAAAAACCUCUACCUAACUGCCAGCAAGAAAAAGGCCACCUGCUGUCCCUGAAGAGUGAGGACUGCCCAGAAACUGCCCAUUCCUGGGGCACUGUGCCACACUGACUGCUUCAGAAUUCAACCUCUGGACGUUUGCACUGACGUUUUCCAGACCAAAGAACCAGAGGGUUACUGGGACCAUGCUAGUCACUUCCUACCCCCAGGCACCAUGCCAAAGACUGGAUGACCCUUGACCCCUCUGGGGCUCUCCAGGGUGCCUGGUGGGGGCUAGUGCUCCUGCUGCUUUUGCUCAGCCCGCUGGGCCCGUUAUGUAUGAUGAUGCUUAAUAAUUCGAGCCUUAUACUGUGCCUUAUGCAUUAAAAUCUGUUAUUAGCA